GGACAGACAGUGAGGGGCAACUGAAGAAAAAACAACAGAGGAGUGACAGARCAGAGGGAUGGAGACAGAGAAGCAGAAGUAGCACAGAGCGGCUUGUGAAAAGGAGUAAGGUAAAAAAAAAAAGAUGCACUGACACGCUCAGACGAAGAGUGAAGAAAAAGCGAGCUUGCUGCAGCAGCUUAAUUAUCAUCGGGACGAGAGUCGGUCACAUGCAGCCACACCGGGACUUUCAGGGAGAAACGGCUGCACGUCGCUGUCAGAAGGAGCCACCAAGGCAGGAGGAGGACAAGAAGGCUGGAGUGGAAGCUUGAUGGAGGGGAUGAGCAUCACGGCCACCUGACUCAUUCUGAGAGUCAGUCUCAGCACCUGCAGCGGCAGACUGAGCAUUCCGCCUGUCAACGAGACCGAGGCAGACGGGAGGAGAGAGCUGCUGAGAUUAUGCGCGGGGCAGUGAGCUCCGGUGUAUUCCCCAUCUUUGGCGAUAGCAGCAGCAGCAGCAGCAGGGGGAGUUGGAGCUUUGGCUCUCCAGACAGCAGCCGACCCAACUGGAGCUGCAGCAAAUCAAGGAGCUCUGACUCCAAAGCUUUUUAUUCAUCCAGAGAUGAAGGUAGCAUUUACAGCCACAGUGUAAGAGGAACCAGUUGUCCAUGUAGCCACAGUGUUGAAUGUACCUGUAGCCAAAGCAGUGACAGCUGCAGCACUGGUGCAAAGGUGACCACAGCAGUGCACUUCAGUGUAGUUGUAGUAGUAGCAGGUGGGAGCAGUGGCUCAGGACACUGAAUGACCAGUGUGGCUGAUGAAGGCCACCUGGAUCAGCUUGCUGAAACGAGCCAGAGGAGGUCAAGUCAAGAGGUCCGAUGCCUGUGGUUCGGCCGACUCUUACACCAGCCGUCCAUCAGACUCCGAUGUUUCCCUUGAGGAGGAUAAGGAGGCAGCGCGUAGAGAGGCAGAGCGACAGGCUCAAGCACAGCUUGACAAGGCAAAGACCAAACCAGUUGCAUUUGCUGUUCGCACAAAUGUCAGCUACAGCUCGAGUCAUGACGAUGAUGUCCCCGUGCCAGGGAUGGCYGUCUCCUUUGAAGCUAAAGACUUCCUCCAUGUCAAAGAGAAAUUUAACAACGACUGGUGGAUAGGACGCCUGGUGAAAGAAGGUUGUGAAAUUGGCUUCAUUCCCAGUCCGGUGAAGCUWGAAAACACUCGCAUCCUCCAGGAGCAGAGAGCCAAACAGGGCAAGUUUUACUCCAGUAAAUUGGGAGCAAACUCAUCAUCUAGUUUGGGUGAAGUGGUUCCUAACUCGAGAAAAUCUACUCCUCCAUCAUCUGCUGUUGACAUAGACGCCACAGGUUUAGACCCUGAGGAGAAUGAGCCCUACGUCAACAUGCGCUCCCCUAAAGCCAGUCCAAAUACGGUUAUAUCACCCCUAGCAAAAGAGAAACGAAUGCCCUUUUUUAAGAAGACAGAACACAUUCCUCCGUACGACGUUGUGCCUUCUAUGCGGCCGGUAGUUCUAGUCGGACCGUCGCUGAAGGGCUACGAGGUGACAGACAUGAUGCAAAAGGCKCUGUUUGACUUUUUGAAACACAGAUUUGAGGGAAGAAUAUCCAUCACUCGUGUCACGGCGGACAUCUCCCUCGCCAAACGCUCGGUCCUGAACAACCCCAGCAAGCACGCCAUCAUCGAGCGCUCCAACACCCGCUCAAACUUGGCUGAGGUCCAGAGUGAAAUUGAGCGUAUUUUCGAACUGGCCCGGACGUUACAGCUGGUGGUUCUGGAUGCCGACACCAUCAACCACCCGUCUCAGCUGGGAAAGACGUCCCUCGCCCCCAUCAUCGUCUACGUCAAGAUCACCUCUCCCAAGGUGCUCCAAAGGCUCAUCAAGUCCAGAGGCAAAUCUCAGGCCAAACACCUCAAUGUCCAGAUGGUGGCUGCAGACAAGUUGGCUCAGUGUCCCUCUGAGAUGUUUGAUAUCAUCCUAGAUGAGAACCAGCUGGAGGAUGCAUGCGAGCACAUGGCUGAUUACCUGGAGGCCUACUGGAGGAGCACACACACCCCAAGCUGCAGCACCUCUGACCCAGAGCUAACGAAUUUAACCACAGCCUCCCUGCCCUCUGCCCCAACGCCAGCCUCCGGUGUGCAGGGUAACGGCACGGAGCAGAGAGGAGAGAAAGCGUUAGUGGAGAGGAAGGGCUCCAAAGAAGAUAGCCAGCAUCACCACCACCACCAUCACCACCGCCAGAAGAGCCUGGACCAGUCUCCAGGAGAAGCUGAGGGAGACGACAAYGAGGACGAGAGGCCCCUGAGAACAGAAUCGUCUAAAAGAGGCCAGCACACGCACCACAGGUCAUCUUCCACUAGGACUGAACACCACAACCACCAUCACCACCACCACCACAGCAACAGAGCCAGGGGCCUGUCUCGGCAGGAGACUUUGGACUCCGAGACGCCCGAGAGCCGAGAGAGCAAGGACUCCGCUCAGAACGAGCAGCGCGCCACACUCCGUCACCAGGACGAAGAAGACGACGAAGAGGAGGAGGAGGAGGAGGAGGAGGAAGAGGAUCUAGGGGAGCGGCACCCCCAGCAGCAACAGCGUUACGAGCCACUGCCCGACCGGGACCACAACCACCAUCACCACCACCACCACCAUCACCGCGGCAGGGACGAGGCGGGCCACGGCACGGGACACCACCGCUGCAAGGAGCGCGAGCAGGACCACAACGAACGCAACAAGCAGCGCUCCCACCACCACCACCGACCCCCGCGGGACCACCACCACCACCACGAACGGGACAGAGAAAGGGACCGAGAGGGGGAGGUGGCUCCCAAAAAGAGGGGUGAGGCAGGUGAGUGGGCUCGAGACUCGUACAUCCAUCAGUGAAGGUCCCGCUGAUGCCUCGGUGGACUCCUUUCACAGAGCGUUCCGUUCUCCCAUCAUGCUGCUAGAMCCGAAGGCAUCCUGUUUAUGACCACCUCUUUGUAAAUGCUCCAACAAUCGUUUACAAGAUUUUGAUUAAAUAGAUUUAAAAAAAUAAAUGUAUAAAUGCAUAUAUGUGUGUAUCUAUGCAUAGACAUUAUGUGUGGAUACGCAUGAAUAUUCUCAAAGAUGUGUAUUUUAAACCUUUGUUUGAUAAAGCAUGACACAAAGCAGAAUUUUUUUUCUGUACUGAGCUGUGCUUUCUGUGAUUAGCAUUAUUAAUUUUUAUUAUUUUUUUAUUCGUAAUAAGUUUUAUUGCUUGCCAUCACUUGAAUCAUUUGUUACUUCAGACUACUGUGCGGGUUUACCUGCUAACAUAGUUUGAUGCUGUUAUUGGAGAUGAGUUUGGCAGUUUGGGAAAUUAGCUUUUUUUUAGCUUUAAACCCACUUUUUAAAUUGAUAAAGCUGCAACAACGUCACAAAAAAAUCMGUUUUGGAGAGCAUUACCAUCAAAUUCAUGACCCUUUUGAGAUAUUUUCCUAUCAUUACUACCUUUCUAGACAGAACGGCUCAAAAGAUUUUAAAUUAUUGCAAUUUGUAGCUUUAAAAACAGGUGUGUGUUUGAGUCAAAACCUCAGUGAAACCCUGAUGAUUUGGUGCACAACUACUGCAUUUGCAUUCUCUUUUGGAAGGUGUGCAAAUACAAACAGACGCAGAAAGCGAAUCAACACCGCGCUUAUUUUUGUAUGACUGUAUCAGCCAGUGCUCAGAAAACACCUCUGUCACUGUGACCUGGUCAAAACAAACUUUAAUGAAUGAUA